GUCGCUCUCGGGCGCCUUCCGCGGCUGACAACUAUGGCUUCUGCUGCCGACGGGCAAAUGCCCGUGUGGUUGAAGGCGGAGGACCUGCAGUGUUCCAUCUGCCUCGGUCUCCUCAGCAACCCGGCCACGAUGCAGUGUGGCCACAGCUUCUGCCUGGGCUGCAUCCAGAAAUGGCUGAAGGGCCAGCACGGAAACCGCAAUUGUCCCAUUUGCAAGUGCGGCUUAGGCGACAAGUUGCCUGAACGCAACGUCCUGCUGGAGCUGGUCCUGGAACGGUAUAAAUGCGCAUCCUCUAGCGACCAGCUUCCCUUGCAAGGCUCGUGGCGGCUGGCACAGCCGGGCUUCCCAGACGGGUCGGGGUGCAAGAGGGACUUCGCCACCGACAGGCGCGGUUUUCAGGACACAGUGAAAAUAAGCGAAAUCCCAAAACAAAUACAAAUGGUCUUGGAGACAAUCACAACCUGGAGGAAGGACAGCGCUGCAAUGAAGGAUUAUAUGUCUCAAACCAGAAGCUCUAUUUCAGAAGCCUUCGGUUUUAUGAAGAAGUGCAUUUGUGAUCAAGAGGAAAUGGUGCUAGGGAUUAUUGAGGAAGAACUGAUAGUGGCUCAACAAAUAACAGACUCAACUGAUAAGCAGCUCACUGGAAAAAUUCACAAUCUUUUGGAUUUGCAGAUCAACUCUGAAGAAGUGAUGAAGAAUACCUCAUCAGAACAAGAAGCUUACAUUGGCAAUCCCAUCCAAAUGAAUGCACCUCCUUUUUCCAUUCAGAAGAUCAGCAGUAUUGCCAGUGUGGUUGAAGAGUUCAGGAGACAGCUGGAAGCAUCAGUUUUGAGGGAUUACCGAGUACAGCCACUGUCACAGAAGCAUUCUCCAGGAACAAGCAACAGCAGUGAAAUUGCAGCUGAUGUGGCAGAAGACAUGUUCUUUUCCUGUAAUUCCUCGCUAUCCAAAGAUUCAGUUCAGGAAACAAGCAGCUCUUCAUCAGCAGUGCCAUCUACUAGGGAUGGAGAAUUGCCGAUGAUUUCAAAUAGGUUUUCUCCGCGGAUAUCCAACAUUACAUUUGAUGAUGAAAGACUUGGUUGCAUGCUUGAGCUCGCAGGCAAUAAAAGGAAAGUGAUAGUGUCCCGCAUUCGCAGACAAUAUGAACGUUCUCCUAAGAGAUUCUGCAACAGUCAGGUGCUGGGUUCCCAAAGUUUCUCUGAAGGCUGCCAUUACUGGGAAGUGAGCACCAAGGAAUCUUCUGGAUGGGCCAUUGGUGUUGCCAGUGGGGAGAUUGGCAGGAAAGACCGACUAGGGAGAAAUGAACUAUCCUGGUGCAUAGAAUGGAAUACACAAUGUAUCUCAGCAUGGCACAACAAUCAAGAAGAGAAGAUUACUGAAGAGAAACCUUUGCAGGUUGGAGUUUUCCUUGACUUUCCAACGAAGAGUUUGUCUUUUUAUUCUCUUACUGAUAAAGAAACGUGCUUACACAAGUUUCAGAUCAAUACAGCCAAUCCAGUUUACCCUGCUUUUUGGAUUUAUGGUUUAACUGCUGGUGAGUUUUUAAGUAUAAAUGAUAUCAGUAGGCAUUAAGUUCACACUACAAAUGUAUAUUGCCUUUAUAAGCAUUUGCCCUCUAAAGAGGCUUUGAGAUUCUGAUGUUUUGCUGUUCGACGUGUGAAGUGUCUCAUCCUUUCCCGAUCCCUGAGCGGGAAGGAGUCUUACAUGAGUUUGGCCUGUUGGAAGUUUGCACUGCCAUUGGAUGGCGGUUAGAAGAUGUACAGUUUCAAAAGGAGCUUCAGGUUUGGGAUGCAUACAUAUUCAUUGUCAGCUAUCAUCAUAAUCCCUGAGCAGCCGGUUAGUACUUUCAAACGACUUUGCCUUUGCAGCAGCGUCAUGGCUGACAGUGGGGUUUACUGAAACUCUUAGGGCUAAACACUUACCUACUGAAAAUGGGCAGAAAAAUCAGGCAGUUUGACAUCACCUAAAAUUUUAUAACCUAAUAUGUAUGCAAUAUGACUUUUAUGUUCUAGAUUUUCAUAUUUUAUAAUCUUACAUUUCCAGUAAUUUAUGAAACGUCACCAGCGUUCUCAAAUUACCGUAUUCAUUACACUUCCCUGUCCUGUAAGAACAAUAACCUCAGCAUUGUUGUAGAGAACCAGCAGGUAAUCCAACAGUUAAAGUUCUCCAGCUAUCAGCUCUAGUUUUUAAUCACUACAUAAUAAUUGAGAAUCCAUAUAACAUAAUUAUGAAGGCAUUAAAAAAGUAGAGAGAGACUAAGGAGACCCCAAUUCUCUUGCAAUCAUGAGGUUCACAGAGUAAUUUUUUGCGCAUUACUUUCCCUCAAUCCAGGUACCUUGCAGGAUUGAGAGGGGACUUCCAUGUGUGCCCAGAUGAAAAUUAGAAUGGAAGCACUAUUAUAAAAUCAAAUGUGGGGGGAUGGUGAGCAGAUGUAGCCCUGUAUAUUUGCAAGUGAGUAUGCUUCUGUGCCAAGUAAUUAUUUCAGAAUGUACUAUGUGCAGAGUCAUUAAAGUACUUAUAAAAUAAACAGACCCUUAACUUGAUAACAGGUGACAAAAGGAAAAGGUAGAAGAGUAAAAAUAGCAACAUUUCUGGAAAAACCCUCACAUGCAGUACUUCGUUCAGCCUUGUAACUCAUAUAUCCAGAAAUGCAGUAAGAACUUUUAGAGGAAUAGAGAUGGAUGUGAAUAAAUAAAACAAUACUUUUUUAUUUUAUUUAAUUUCACCUUGCUUUUUCUAUCAUAGGAUACAUCGAAGUAGCCAGCUUACAAACCCAGUUAUAAAACAAAAAUAUUUUUGCUUGAUCACUAAAACUGUUUUAUUUAUAGUUAGUUGAUGACUUUGUAUACAUUUAAAAAAUACAUGUUUCAAACUACUUUCAGACAAUAAAACUUGGGUUUUGUACAUUG